AUGGACGCAUACUACGGUUAUGACCAGUCGGCCCAACAGACAGUCCCGGCAGCGUACAGGCCAUCCAAGCCCGAGGACUGGGAGCCGUACCACGACAUCAUCGCCCACCUGUACAACGCCAUGAACAUGAAGCUCAAGGACGUCAUGUCCGAGAUGCAGAUGACUUACAACUUCAAGGCGACGUCGGGAGACCCACGAUAUCCCAGCAAGUGGAAUCUCGACACAAAGUACAUCAAGGCGUCGGAGUACAUGUUCAUGAUCAAGACCAUGAGGGAGCGGCAGGCCGAAAACCCGCCCAAGGAGACACGCUUCAUGCUCCGAGGAAGAGUGGUGGAUCCCAAGGACAUCGCCCGUUUCGAAAAGCGGGCCCAGAAGAAGGGAACCAUGCGGGACGGUGACCCAAUUGAGUGUGAUGAACCUGUCGAGGAUUUGGUGUAUGGCACACCACCUCCUGAGGACGUCUCCUACCACCAGGCAGCCUACGCACAGGCCUAUGCCGCCUACCAGUACGACCCUUCGGCAGAAUACUCCUAUUCAUACUGA